UCAUUGUAUUGCACACCUCUAAAAAAAACACUGCCUCUGAUUUAUCAAUAUAAAAAAGAUCCUCUGAGAGGAGGGCACUUUUGUGUGAUGGCAACUUCACUUCUAGGGGUGAGUCUAAGGAUUUUUUCUCUUGCUGGUUUAAUUAGUUUCUUUUUAUUGUCGAUUGGAGGGGGUUAAAAUAGCCCCAGUCUUGACCAGGGCUAUCAGUCUCCUCUAUUGAGUUUUUUUUUUCUUAAGUACAAGUGAGUUUAGGAGAAAAGAAAGAGGGGGGGGGGGGGGAAGGGGCCAGAGUCACUUUUCAGUGUGCAGGAAAAGGUUUUAAGGGCAUUUGUAGAAGCAACCUACAGCGCCCGGGCUGUGCUGUUCCUGUAUCCCCGGUGAAGUGUCCUCUCUUCUUUACAUGUGACUGCUGGAGGAAAAAAGCAGCACUUUCUCCGUCCGUGUGCAAUUGCUAAUUUGCAACAGAUUGUGGUUUUCUUUUUCCCUUUAACAUUUUUCAGCCCGUCGCGUCCAGCAGGAAGAACCGAGGUUAGGCUCGACUCCUUUGGCCAUGCUCGCCGCCACCUGCAAUAAGAUCGGCAGCCCCAGCCCGUCUCCCUCGUCCCUCUCAGACAGCGCGUCCUCCUUCGGCAAAGGCUUCCACCCCUGGAAACGCUCUUCCUCCUCCUCGGGCAGCUGCAACGUGGUGGGCUCCAGCCUGUCGGGCUUCGGGGUGGCGGGCGCUUCUCGGAACGGCUCCUCGGCGGCUGCGGCGGCAGCGGCUGCUGCGGCAGCGGCGGCCGCCCUGGUCUCGGACUCCUUCAGCUGCGGCGGCUCGCCGGGCUCCAGCGCCUUCUCGCUGACCUCCAGCAGCGCGGCCGCCGCCAGCUCGCCCUUCGCCAAUGACUACUCCGUCUUCCAGGCGCCCGUGAGCUCCGGGGGCGGCGGCGGCGGAGGCGGCGGGGGCUCGUCCCAGGAGGCGGCCGCGCACCAGCCCGUCUUCCUCUCCAAGGUGCACACGUCGGUGGACGGGCUGCAGGGCAUCUACCCGCGCGUGGGCAUGGCGCACCCCUACGAGUCCUGGUUCAAGCCCUCGCACCCGGGGCUGGGCGCCGGCGAGGUGGGCUCGGCCGGCGCCUCCAGCUGGUGGGACGUGGGCGCCGGCUGGAUCGACGUGCAGAACCCCAGCGGGGCGGCGGCGCUGCAGGGCUCCCUGCACCCGGCCGCCGGGGGGCUCCAGACCUCGCUGCACUCGCCGCUGGGCGGCUACAACUCGGAUUACUCGGGCCUGGGCCACUCGGCCUUCAGCAGCGGCGCCUCCUCGCACCUGCUCAGCCCCGCCGGGCAGCACCUCAUGGACGGAUUUAAGCCCGUGCUGCCCGGCUCCUACCCGGACUCGGCCCCCUCGCCGCUGGCCGGCGCCGGGGGCUCCAUGCUGAGCGGGGGCCCCGCCGCGCCGCUGGGGGGCUCGCCCCGCUCCUCAGCUCGCCGCUACUCCGGCCGGGCCACCUGCGACUGCCCCAACUGCCAGGAGGCGGAGCGGUUGGGGCCGGCCGGGGCCAGCCUGCGGCGCAAGGGGCUGCACAGCUGCCACAUCCCGGGCUGCGGCAAGGUCUACGGCAAGACGUCGCACCUGAAGGCGCAUCUGCGCUGGCACACGGGCGAGCGGCCCUUCGUCUGCAACUGGCUCUUCUGCGGCAAGCGCUUCACCCGCUCGGACGAGCUGCAGCGGCACCUGCGGACCCACACGGGCGAGAAGCGCUUCGCCUGCCCCGUCUGCAACAAGCGCUUCAUGCGCAGCGACCACCUCAGCAAGCACGUGAAGACCCACAGCGGCGGCGGCGGCGGAGGGGGUGGUGGCGGGGGCGGCUCCGGCAGCGGGGGCAAGAAGGGCAGCGACACAGAUAGCGAGCACAGCGCGGCGGGCAGCCCGCCCUGCCACUCCCCGGAGCUGCUGCAGCCGCCGGAGCCCGGCCACAGGAACGGCCUGGAGUGA